AUGUGGAUUCCUGUUUAUAGUUUCGGGAUUGAAGAAGUUCUUUACUCUAAAGAUAAAUUUUAUGCUGUUGGUGCUUGGAAUAAACUUAUCUGUUUGGAUACUACUGCUCAAUCCAACUCAUAUGUAAAGAAGUUGAUUGAACAGUUUGCACCAUGCGAAGCGGAAUACAUCAAAAGAUAUAUCGUGGAUUUAAAUGAGAAAAAAUUAAUGUUGGUACAAAGAUAUAUGAUAAGGGAAGGUGGAAAAUUCGUCACACAAAAGUUCAAAAUAUUCGAACUGAGUUUCGACAAGUGUGAUGCGGCUCUCUUUGUGGGCAAUAUGAAUACAAUAUCUGUUCUGGCCUCAAGUUCUUCAAGAAGUCAAGCGGAUUGCAUAUACUUCAAUCAAGAUAAUGAUUAUCUGACAGAUUACGACGUCAGGUUUUUAACGAUCUCUAAUGAUGAUUUUGGUGUGUAUAACAUGAAGACCAAGAGCAUUUCAAAGCCUUUCUCUGGAGAUGCUAUGACCUUUUUAGUGGAGAAGACCGAACUACCUCCAGUAUGGGUUGUGCCAACGUUUCAACUGUGA